AACAAAAAUCUAACAAUAAAUUAUUUCCGUAAAGAAAUUCAUGAACGUCGAAGAGAUCUUCAAGGAUUAUUCUUCAGAGUAUCUUCAGUUGUAGAACUUAAUGAAUCCAUAGCGUAUAUGGGCACUUUUAAAUUCCGUGAUGUUGAUGCUCUGUCAAAAAGAAACUACGGUACAUUUAUAUGCCUAAUGCAUGCGUUAAACCUAACCUACAAAAUAGUAUGGAAAGAAUCCUAUGGUUAUUUUAACAAAACAACCAAAAAGUGGAAUGGAGUUGUUCAGGAUCUCAUCACAGGAUAUUCAAAUCUCAGUGGUACACCUUUACUGAUGAAUAAUGACCGUUUACCAUACGUAGACUUCUUAAGUGACAUCACACAAAAACUAGACAUAAAUUUCAUUCUGAAGCGACCACCAGUGUCAGAAGUACGUGAUAUAUUUGAUAUAGCAUUUCAUAAACACGUUUGGUAUUCACUGUUUCCAACAUUUUUGCUUUUAACUGCCGGAGUUGCAUUUGUUUUAUUUAUUGAAACACGCUACUUUGGAGGGCCUAAUAGAGCACCUGGAGAUGCUUUCUUGAUAUUACUGGAAGCAGUCUGUCAACAAGGAACUUUAACACUUGUAGUAACAGCAGGUGGCGCCAUCUUAUUCUUUGUAGUAUUCAUGAUAUUUAUGCUCUUUUACACUGCGUAUGCAGCAAAUAUUGUUGGUUUACUUCAAAGUACAAGAACCGUAGAUGAUUUAGAAACAUUCCUGCAGAGUUCCUUUCAAGCUGGGGCAGAAGACACGCAUUAUAUGUAUUUUUACAUGAAGGAAGCAAGAGGUGCAAUUAGAAAGGAAAUAUACCGGACCAAAAUCGGUGAUAAAGGUUUCUAUCCAAUGAAAGAAGGCUUGGAAAGAGUUAUGAAAGGUGGUUUUGCUUUUAAUAUCCUGUCAACGCCUGCGUGGUUUUAUUUAACUAAAUAUUAUGAUGAAAGUGAUGUUUGUAGUCUUCAAACAUUACGUGGUGAUUAUAUUCCUUCACAAUUGGGAUACGUACCUAUUCCUAAGGGUUUAGUACAUAAAGAAAUCUUGAAAAUUGCUUCGAUUCGUGUUGCUGAAUAUGGUUUACAUUACCGCAACUACAUUCGUUAUAUUCUAAGACCAAAAUGUACAAGCAUCCCGCCAUCUUUCAAAGGAAUCGAAAUCACAGACGUAAAACGGCCAUUUUUAAUAAUCGUCGGAGGAGUUGUUCUCUCUAUAUCAAUAAUAUCACUAGAAAUAUUAUACAACAAAGUAAAAAAUCGCCUACGAUUGAGAAAAAAUGCGUUUAUAUAAAAUCGCACAAACACAAUCAAUAUGAUUAACUAGUACAGCUCGAAAACGAUUAAAAUAUCAAUUAAAACCAAUUCAUGUACUCGUAGAAAGUGCAAGCAAAAACUCUUACUUGCCGUAUUUGUACGCAGCUACGUAACGUACUACUACGACAAGCAAUAUUCAAUAAUAACUAGAAUUGUAUCUAGGUUAAGUUCAAAAUUUAGAACGUUGCAUACAGCGUGUUGCCGAAACAAGAUCACAACUUUCUUUCACUUAACUCUGGUGUAUGCGGAGUAUGAGUGAAUUCUGUCAAACGGCAUCGAACUUGUUUCCGCAUAUUUGUGACUUGAACACUCAUACUUACGUCACUCAUUAAACCGCCAUAACUUGACUUACUUCGCGACCGGCUGUCAAACACAUUAUGCAACACAACAUACACCAGCGUAUGAGUGUGUAUGUAAGUAGGCAAGCAAGGUGAGAGCGAAAGCAAGCGUUCGAGAUUUUAACCACCGAAUGAAAUGGGUGAUUAAUUAUUUAUCCGUGCAAAGUACGCCCAUAUUUUAGCACCGCCAUUAAUUUAUGGCUUGUUAGCCGCGCAAUUAUGAUCCGGAGAUAAAUAUAUUGUAUGUACUUGCGAUUUUAUUGAUGUCAGAAACAUUUAUUGCUUGCUUUUUUAGUUGUGUAGGAAAAUUAAAUGUUUCUGAGUGAAUUU